AUGGAAACGACAUCCACCACUCCGUCUGGAUAUGGGUUCAUCGGACUGGGAAACAUGGGCUUCGGCAUGGCGCUCAACCUUCGCCGUAAAAUGCCCAAAGAUUCCACGCUCAGUGUAUGCGAGUUGGACGAGGGUCGGAGGAAGACUUUCAAGGAGCAAGCGAGUGCGUUUGGGCUGGUAGACGUUCUCGACUCACCGAAGGAGCUUGCCAGUGUUUCUGACGUGAUCCUUACUUCUCUACCAUUCGCCAAAGCAGUCUCUGAUGUCUUCGAAGACCCAAGCACCGGUCUCCUGGCCGGAUCACCUAACGGUUCCGACAAACUCUUCAUCGAUCUUUCGACGAUCGAAGUCUCCGCGGCGCUCGCAGUGGGUGACGCUGUGGCAAAGUCCGAAGCAGGCGUUUUCAUCGACGCUCCGGUUUCAGGAGGGAUUCCAGCUGCUGACAACGGCACACUUUCCCUCAUGGUUGGUGGUCGAAGAGAAGAUUUUGACAGGGCGCUUCCGGUCUUGGAGACGAUUGGGAGGAAAGAGUCGAUCUUCUACUGUGGGAAAGCUGGUGCUGGGUUGGCGGCGAAGCAGAUUAACAAUUAUAUUGCGAACGUGAGCUUUUUGGCGCUGGGUGAAGGUAUGAACACUGGGAUUCGAUACGGGCUUGACCCAAAAGUUUUAGCAGACAUCAUCAACACCAGCAGCGGCAUGUGCUGGAAUUCCCUCCACAUGAACCCCGUCAAGGGCGUACAGCCUAAUUCAUCAGCAUCUAGGAACUUUGAAGGGGGUUUCAAGACCGAGCUCGCUCACGACGUGACUUCUAUGGCUGUGCAGCUCAUGAACGACGUGGGAGCAAAACAUGUCUUGGGUAAUGUUAUCAAGGAUGUGUAUGAUCGGGCGAUAGAGAGUCCGCAUUGCAAAGGAAAAGAGUGCAGGAGCAUAUAUCGGCUGCUUGUCGAGGAUGACGGGAAGGGAUUGGGUACCACGAAGAUAGAGUGA